GUAUUAGAGAGAGAGCUGCAGUCUGAAGGAAUUUAACGAUCGAAGAUUUAAGCACAGAGCCUAUUAUUGUUUUCAUUUGAGCGGAGAGAGCGACUGAGGGGAUCAACACAGGACAUUAAUGUUGGGUGUCAUGUGUCCUAUCUAGCAGGGCGGUGAAGUUCACAUCCAAAGGAGAAUAAUCGGCCUAGUUGUUAACCUAAAGCCCAAGCAAGCAGAUAGUUAACAGUCCUCACUUCUUCACAAUAAGCUGUGAGGGAGGAGGGAGAAACGGGAUCAAGCUUACAGUAUGUUCUCAUGUGCAAAGUUACAGAGUCUAGAGGGAUGACGUGUGUGAAAGAAGCUCUAUCUAAUCACUCCCCCGUGAGGAAGAAGAGAGCAAAGAGGGGCUGAAGUGAAGCCAAAGGAAAGGGGAAGGGCCUGACAUCAACAAGCCAAAACAGCUGCCCCCUUCUCCCCCAUGGAGAGAGAGCAAGAGGAGCCUGAUGGAGCGAGAGAGAGGGGAAGACUGGAGGGUCUGUGAGUGCGAGAGAGCAGCGUGCGAGACAUUUGAGGGCCUGUAAAGGCGAAGUAAAGGAGGUAUUGGCAAGUGGAAAGGGGGGAGGCAAGAGAGAGAGGUGGUGAGUGUGUGCUUGCAUGCUUUCAGGGUGAGGAUUGCCAGGGAGCAAGGGACAGGGAAGAGUGGAAGGAGAGAGAGUGGAGGCUCUGUGCUUGGUGACACUUCUAGGAGGGGAGAAAGAGGGGUUGUAAGAGGAGAGGGGAAAAGAGGGGGGAUAAAAGUCAUCUGGGGUGGAUUUCAAGGCAGGACAAGCUGUCAGAGAGAAGGGCAGAGGUGUGAGGAGUCACUGGGGAAGAGGGAGCAUGUUGGAGAGGAAGACGUGAGCUGUCGCAGAAGUAUAAGGAGGCCCUUCAAAACAUGAAGCACUGAGAGGAGGAAAACAAGAAGGCACCAUCUGGAGUAAAGCGCUUGUCCGGAAGGAGCGGAUAUUAAACACACGAGGCAAAACAAGUGUCGGCUCCAAGUAUGGGGUGCAUUCACAGUACGAGCACUGGCAGGAUGGAGAAACACGGACCCGAUGCGGACACAGGAGGGAUCCCCAUAAAGGCAAACCCUGAGCUACAUUCGGAAAUCCUUCAACUUGCUGAGCUCGCCAAAUCAGGGAGCCACGCCUUCACAGAGAAGAGCUUCAAGAGGAAACGUGUAUGUGAUGUGUGCAAGCAGAACAUCGACAGCGCCGGGACUUUCUGCAAGGAGUGCAAGGUUGCAGUUCACGCCACAUGUGAGGCCAAGGUGACUCCCUGUACCUCAGCAACAGCCCUGCACAGCUCCACUAAACCUACACCGCAGAAGAAGAGAGGCUCCAUACCAAGGAGCAAAAGUGUGGAACAAGUGAUGGAGCAUGUGAUGGAGCGCCACUAUGACUUUGACCUCACUUACAUCACAGAGAGGAUCAUCUCUGUCUUCUUCAUGCCAGACCUGGAGGAGCAGCGGUACCGCAGAAACCUGCAGGAAGUGGCCUCCAUGCUUAAAUCCAAGCACCAGGACAAGUUCUUGCUUCUAAAUUUAUCGGAGAAGAGACACGAUAUCACCAGACUUAACCCAAAGGUGCAGGACUAUGGCUGGCCUGAUCUUCACGCCCCACCCCUGGACAGGAUUUGCACUGUUUGUAAAGCUAUGGAGACCUGGCUGACCUCUGACCCUCACAAUGUGGUGGUUCUCCACUGCAAGGGAAACAAAGGGAAGACGGGGGUCAUCGUGGCAGCCUACAUGCACUACAGCAAGAUAUCAGCUGGAGCGGACCAGGCGCUCACCACACUAGCAAUGAGAAAGUUUUGUGAAGACAAAGUCUCCUCUUCCCUCCAACCCUCACAGAACAGGUACAUCUUCUACUUUGGUGGUUUGCUGUCUGGCACCAUCAAAAUGAACAGCAGUCCUCUGUUCCUCCACCAGGUCCUCAUUCCAUCACUGCCAAACUUCCAAGCGGGAGGCGGUUUCUACCCUUUUCUGAAAAUCUACCAGUCUCUGCAGCUGGUUUACACUUCAGGUGUCUAUGAUCCCCAGAGCUCCAGGGCGAGGAAGCUGUGUGUGACUAUGGAGCCAGCACUUUUAUUAAAGGGGGAUAUUAUGGUGAAGUGCUACCACCGACGAAGUCGAACUGCAGAGAGGGAGGUGGUGUUCAGGGUCCAGUUUCACACCUGCACUGUUCAUGGAGCCCAGCUGUGGUUUGGAAAGACUGAACUGGACUUGGCCGGCACAGAUGACAGGUUCCCUCCAGAUGCUACAGUUGAGUUUAUCUUCUCCAACGGGCCUGAAAAAAUGAAAGGUCGAGAAUACCGCAAGAAUGACGCCUCCGUCAAAGUGGACUUCAACACGGCAGACCCUGUGGUCAGGUGGGAUUCUUAUGAGAAUUUCAACCUGCAUCACCAAGACAGCAUGGAAAAUAUCUCUCAUACAAGAGGCCCUCUGGACGGCAGUCUGUACGCCCAGGUGAGGAAGCGUCGUGGGCCAGGCUCCACUGCCUCAGCAGCAUCGCCCAACGGAUGCCUCACUAGCAGCCCAACAGUCAAGUCUCAAACUCCCAGCCAGUCCCAGCCUCUCACCUACACCUCUGACUCAGUCCCCUCUGAUCCCCUGGAAGACGCCUCUAGAUCUUUAAACUGCCCAGAAAGAGAAAAGGUUGACUGCUCAUCGAAGAGAGGAGAUGGAGAAGAUGGAACAAAGGAGAAAACAAGAGGGAAGGAAAGGGAUAGAGAGACUGCAAUAUUAGAUGAUGGGGACCCAUCAAGUCCUGGGGGUUUGAGGCGAGAGCGCUCGUGUUGUGGUCGAGAAGGUACAAAGUGCAGCGAUGUGGGAUGGGAGAGGGAACGAGAGCCCAGCCUUUCUAACACUCAUUGUCUUGGCCGUUGUGGCAGCAUUAAAAACCACCCAAAAAGCCAAACUCUGCCAGCUUUACCAACAAAAUCUGUGUCCCCCCCUCCUCAUUCAAAUCACAUAGAACUCUGCCAUCGACACAGCAGUCACCCUUUACCAGAGUUACCGUGGGAACGUCCACCUCCACCCCCACCCAUGCCCUGUCUCCUCAGGCCUUGUUACCCAUAUUCAAGUCCUGAACGCACCCACGCACACAGCCUCACUCUCCCAGCCUCAAACAGACUUUGCACAGGGGAAGAGUGUCACCUCUUCCCUUGUUCCAGCCAUGGUCCAGCCUCUCAUCUCUCCCAUCAGUCACUGCCCUCUAGCCCUUACAGAGAAAUGUUCUUCAGCUCCCCAACACCUUCCUCCAGCUGCCCCUGUCGGGACUGCUCCAGUAGGAGAGAGCACCAAUCAGCCUCAGUUAGAACAUUCCACCCAGUGUACCCAGACCAAUCAGAAAACACACACUGGUCCCAAGGAGCAGGGCUACAAAGAGCAAGGGAGGCACCUCCACUAUGGGAAAGUGAAAAUCAAUGGCAGGUGGCAAGAGAGGCAGAAAUCUGGCACUGUAAAUCAGCCAUGCCGGGAUUUCAUGUCUGCCACUCUACACUGAAUCAAGGUCCAAACCCAGAGCAUCCUAGAUAUGCCAUCGGAGCUCACCAGGGCUACCCCAGCCCCCAGUCUCUGAUGGAUUUGAGAGAUGGAGCCAGCAGUGGUUACCACACUCCUCCACAGCCACGCCACUCCUGUCCCUGUGCUCCUUAUCAGUCAUCCCCAGCUGAGAGCCAUGAGAGCCGAGGUUAUGCCUCAGGGUACCACUCUGGAUCUGCCUCGCCUCUGCCCAAUAGUACCCCCUCCCCUGGGAGAGGCAAGCUGCCUGAGAGCCCCUCUGGAGCUAGAGACCAGCAGCACACUGAGCAUCACAAAGUGGCAAAGACCAUGGCUGAUCGGGAAGAUGACAUGUCCCAGGGUUCAGACGGUAAAUCGGAUUCUAAUGGCCAGUCAAGUACCCCUGGACUGGACUCUGAUCACGACUACACAAUCAUUGGUAGCAGCAGUCCAACACACACAGAAGACAGUAUAACUACUGACCUCCAUCCUCAAAGCCAAGAAACCUUUACACAUCUGGAGUCCAACUCAAAUAAUGGCCACACUAUCACACCAGUACCAAAGGAAACUCAAACCCAAAGUUCCAACAUAUCCACAAACUCCUCACAGCCAUCAAGUGAGAGUUUCAGCUCUGAUGGUAAGCUUGCGGCAGCUAAGAUCACAGGAAGUGGAGAGGGAUCUAACCAAUUACAGAAAUCAAGCUAUGCCACUGUCUUCAUCACACCAGUCCAAGUGCAACUGAAUGGCUCUGCCCUUCCUAGCAAUACCCCAUCUGACAGCAGCAGAGGUGCAUCCGUGAACCCUUCUGCCAGCCUCAGUUCUAGCCCUUCCACCACUUCCCCAAAUUCUCCUAUUGGCUCCCCCGACCUCCAGCCUUCUCCCCAGCAAACCACAUCGGUUACUGAUACAGCAGGGCAAAGGUUGACUCCAGACAGAGACAGCUCAGCAGACACCAAACCGCCAUCCCCUGUGCCAGACGGAUAUCACACACCAACCUUCCCUUUAGCAUCCUAUUAUUACCCAUUACUAAAUGUCCCUCAUGUACCAUACAGUGGGUACACUGCAGUCACCAUCCCCGCCAUCCAGCCACCGCUGCCCGAGAAGAAACGACUUUCAAGCACACCAGGAUCCCUGAACGGACACAACUCUUUACUCCGGGCCUCCUCAGCUCCUUCCCCUACACAUCAUGUUACUUUCUCCCCUUCUGUGGGAGAGCAGCGGCGGGGGUCAGCGCAGCACAGCUGUAGGGAGGAGGCAGACAUCAAGGUCAAUGCUAAGUUUGUCCAGGACAGCUCCAAGUACUGGUACAAACCUGGUAUCUCCAGAGAUCAAGCCAUAGCUGUUCUGAAGGACAAGGAACCCGGAACUUUCCUCAUCAGAGACAGUAACUCCUUCCAAGGAGCCUAUGGUUUGGCCCUCAAGGUGGCUACCCCACCUCCUAAUGCCAACAUAAUUGGCAGCAAAGGGGAUCCUCUGGAACAGCUGGUGAGACACUUCCUGAUCGAGACAGGGCCACGGGGAGUGAAGAUCAAGGGCUGUCAGAACGAGUCCUACUUCGGAAGUUUAUCUGCCCUGGUGUACCAGCAUUCAAUUACUCCCAUCUCUCUGCCAUGUGCCCUUCGCAUCCCAGAAAAAGACCUGGUUGGGGAGCUGCAGGAGAUGCAGAGCGCAACAAACACCAGCACAGCAGCAGACCUUCUCAGACAAGGAGCAGCUUGCAACGUGCUCUACCUGAAUUCUGUGGAAACCGAAUCUUUGACGGGGCCUGAGGCUGUUUCCAAGGCAACCAAAUGUACUUUGGCUCUGAGUCCACGUCCAGCAGCGACGGUGGUCCACUUCAAAGUGUCUGCUCAGGGCAUCACUCUAACCGACAGCAAAAGAAGGUUAUUUUUCAGGAGACACUACCCAAUCAGCAGUGUGACUUUCAGCAGUCUGGACCCCCAAGACCAGAGGUGGACUAAUUCUGAUAGCACGUCAAGCAAGAUGUUUGGCUUUGUGGCGAGGCGGACGGGGAGCGCGACAGAGAACGUGUGUCAUCUGUUUGCAGAGAUGGAUCCCGAGCAGCCAGCUGUGGCCAUUGUCAACUUUAUCAACAAAGUGAUGCUCGGACCUCAGCUGCACAGAUAGGAGAGCAGGAAAAUUAGACGACUCUGGACUGCUGGGGAUGAUGUUAAUAUGAUUCUGACAUAUUUUUUUAAUGACAUGUAUGUGUAACUUGCAUUGCAUUUGUAUAGGUGACAACACUGUGCUUGGCUUUGUUUUCAUAAAAUGCUCCAGUUUUGUUAGAUCAGCACUCUGUAGGGAAAAGGGUUUUGCAGAACAAACAGAGAGGAAUAGUUCAAUAAGCCAAAGACUGACCUAACUUUGGUAAUCUUUGCCAAACGAGAUUGAAAUAAGAGUUUGGGGUUUUGGUUUGUUUGGUUUUUUUUCUUUGCUGUUGAUAGUUAUUUUUAAUUGUCAUCCAGUUUCAAAUAAUUAAUGUAAUAGCCUUUUAACAAACUUCACAAGCUGCAUGAAAGACAGUCCAUUUACCACAAUGUUAUUUGUGACAAAGUUUCUCUACAUCAACGAUUAAAGUGAAAGGAAAAAUGGUUAAGGUCUUUAAGGUCUGUAGUAGAGUGUAAGAGUCAUGUUUUAAAGUGGUGCACAACUGCAGUUUCGGUUUAUGUGAAUUGUGAGAAAGUUAAUGAAAGUAGUAAUGAUGGAGUAAUGAGAGAAAGAGGUCGUAUUUUGAUAACAUAGAGGAACACUUUAACUCAGUGUAUAGUAUACUGUAUAUAAAUUGUAUUUUUGUUGUUGACAGACAAGUUAACAAAAUGAAUCUACAAACUGUAGAUACUAAUUAUAUAAGCAAGUAAAAGGGAAGUCAGCCUUAAAACAGAAUUAACAAAUUUAAGAUAACUGGCAGAAUAUGAACAAUUACAGCUUUUCCACAGCUACAAAUAAUAAAAAGCCUUGCUUUGUGAAGUUAAAAUGUUAUGGGCUCAAAGGACAAUCUCAUAUGAGAAGAUGCACAAUGCUUGCAAUGUUGUUCAUGUCAUCAUUAAAAUGAGUCAGUGCAGAAAAAUAUCUCCAUAUCACAGACUAGUGUUAGCCCUCUUUAUUUCUCUUUUUAACUAACCAAUAUAUCCAAGACAACACAUAAUGAGUGAACUGUGUUGUAGAGGGGAGUUUCACUUUAAACCAAAGACUUUACUUUGUAUAAAGAUAUUCUGAAUGCUUGUUAUUUUUAUCAACGCAUUUGUUUUGUUUGGGUUUUUUUUUUUCUAUAGACAAAUACAGUAUUUAGAUGACUUAAGCACAAUCACUAUUUUUCAUAAUGGAUUUUUAUGUAAAAGAAGUAAUAUAUUUUAGUCCUCUGAGGUGGUGAGAAGAAUGACGUGUCAUAUUAGACACAGAAUUUAAGUAAUAAAAUCAAGUCAAAUUCA